UUUAAGUAAUAAAAUUUGAAGGUUAUGAUUAUGACAUCUCAACUGUCACAUAAAAUAAAACCGUAUGUAAUUCACAGGAAUUCACAAAACUGACGAUAUGGAAAGUACUUUUUUGUUAUCAACCACCACCGUUUCACUAAUAAAAUCAUAAACAACCACAAAAAUGUCCAGUAGAGUCACAAUGCGCCCCGCGAACAAGAACACCAUGCUCAAAGUGGUCAUUCUUGGCGAUGGGGGCGUCGGGAAAAGUUGUUUGAUGAAUCGAUUCGUUUCUAAUCACUUCGAUGAACAUUCUUAUCACACAAUAGGAGUAGAAUUCCUUAAUAAAGAUAUCGAAAUUGAUGGGGAAACUUAUACAUUACAGAUUUGGGACACAGCAGGACAAGAAAGAUUUAAAACAUUACGAACCCCAUUUUACAGAGGAAGCGAUAUUUGCAUUUUAACUUACUCCAUAGAUGAUAAAGUAAGCUUUCGUAACCUCUCAAUGUGGAAAAACGAAUUUUUGUUUUACGCCGAUGUAAAAGAAAGCGUCCAAUUCCCUUUUAUCGUUGUAGGAAAUAAGUCAGAUGUGGUUAGCGAACAAAGAGAGGUUGCUUUAAUUGAGUUGGAAGCUUGGUGCAAUGAAAAUAACAUCUCAAGCUUUAUUGAAACAUCAGCAAAAAGCUCUAACAACGUUCAGGAAGCUUUUAAAAUGGCAGUUCAAUUCUGGUUAAGAGCUGAAAGUCGAGCAGAUCGAAAUGAGAAUCAUUCCUGUGAUGAUACCAUCGAUUUGCGAAAGAAAAAUGGGGAUAAUCGAACUUCUUGUUGUUCAGGAAACUCUGAAGAAUAAAAAAAUGAUCAUCAACUAAUUAAUAAUAAGUACUUAUAAUUUUAUGAUGUAUUAAAUGAGUAUUAAGGGGUUUUUUUGAAACCAAAGUAAUAAUAAUAAGCGAAAUUAACCAAAGUUAUUAUUAUUAAAUGUUUUUAAUUUAAUAUUUAUUAUUAACACACGUAUGAUCUACUUAGAAUUUGAUGAAACACAGCUUGGUGCAAUAAUUAAUUGUUAAGGAGGCCCACAAAGUUAUUAAAUGACUUGUAUUUUUUUAUAAAACGCUUAGAUUAAGUGAAACAUUCCCACUUUUUGCUUGUAAUUUGUAAAUAAUCAAUUUAGAUGUAAGGUAUUUAAUAAUAAUAUAUUUUUAUAUAUUAUUGUAGAGGAUAAAACACUAUUGGAGCUUUUUGUACAGCAAUUGUGUAUUUAAAUUAUUAAAAAUAAAGACUUAGAAGAUCAA